AAAAACUUCAGAUGGAUCUGGCUAAGAAGGUAGGACUGAAUCUUGAAGAUGAUGAGAGUGAAGAUGAUCGUGCUUAUAAGCUACACAACUUCUUAAAGGAAAAAAAUUGCUUGUUGUUUCUUGAUGACAUUUGGCAAUCCUAUGAAGUUGUCAUGUUGGGUAUGCAACCUCCUAAGCGUGGCAUGGAGAAGAAGCGCAAGGUGAUAGUUUUCACGACACGCUACGAGCAAGUAUGCACUGGAAUGAGUGCUAACGUGAUAAAAAAAGUGAAAGGUUUGUCAUCUGAUGAAGCAUGGGAACUCUUUUUGAAGUAUGCACGUGAAGAUGUAAUCAACUCAGAGCGACAAAUUAAUCAACUAGCAAAAGAAAUUACUAAAGAGUGUGCUGGUGUGCCCCUUGCUCUCAUCACCGUCGGCCGAGCCAUGUCCGCAAAGAGGUCAAGAGAAGCUUGGAAUGAUGCUCUCGUGCAACUGAAGAAAUCACAGAUGCCAGAAGUCACAGGUAUGAAAGAACGAGAUCCUAUGUUUGGUGCCUUUAAACUUAGCUAUGAUAGUCUGGAAGAUGACAACAUAAGAGCCCGCCUAUUGUGCUGCUCUUUGUGGCCUGAAGAUUUUGAAAUCGACAAAGAUGAACUAAUACAAUGUUGGAUAGGUCUUGGCCUGAUUGAUGAGUUUGACUCGAUCAAUAAAGCAUUCGACCGAGGGCACUCUCAUAUCGAGACUCUUACAUUUGCAUGUUUGUUAGAGCUCGUUAAUAAGAAUGGUGCGACAAGGAUCAAGAUGCAUGAUGUGAUCCGAGACAUGGCUCUUUGGAUGGCUUCAGAUUGUGGAUCCAAUCAACACAGGUGGAUUGUUAAGGCACGUGCUAGAUUGAAUCAAUUGGAACUAGAGAAUGAGCAAUGGCAAGUGGUAGAGCGAGCAUCAUUCAUGCAUAAUAAUUUGAGUUCUUUGCCAAGGCAGACUCUCACUUUUCCUAAACUUUCCAUGCUCAUGCUCCAACAGAACCCUAAGCUAGACUUAAUUCCUGAGCCAUUUUUCAAAGCUUUACCUGUUUUGGCCUUCUUGGAUCUCUCAGGUACAAACAUCACAGAUCUUCCGAGGGAAAUCAACAUGUUAUCUGAGCUCCAAUAUCUAAACUUGAACUUCACCCCAAUCAAAGCAUUGCCAGUAGAGUUGAGUAGCCUUGCCAAACUCAAGUACUUGCUUUUGGUAGGAACUAAGCGUCUUGCCAAAGUACCCAAGGGAACAAUGUCCAACAUAGCUUUGCUCAAAUUGUUGGAUUUAUACGAGAGCAAGUAUGCUAACUUGGAUGAGCUAGAAGGAUUUAAAGGGUGCCGGAAAUACAUUGGAAUUACCUUGCACUCAAUGAUAGAUCUUGAACGGUUGGGCUCUCUACCGCAAUUAUCUAGAUGGAAACUCCAACUACAAAGCAUGAGAGACUUGGCUUAUCCAAGCCAACUAUUCGAGAGCAUCAUGAGUAGCCACAACACAAGGCAGGGUCUUGAACGACUAGAGAUUGUAGAUGUCACGACAGGUGGUGAAUUAACAGUUGCUCAGAGCAACAAGGAUCAUGAAGAAGGCCUUGAAUGUUUGAGGUAUAUGACGCUCAUAACUAUCGAUGAUUUACAGGAAAUCACUUGGAAAGUAGUUGAGCAUCAAACGAUAUUUCCUAAUCUUCACGAAUUGAACAUUUUUGAUUGCAAAAUGUUGAGAAACAUCAACUGGGUUCUUCAUCUACCAAACCUUAAUGUCUUGAAAGUAUCAAAUUGUGGUGAGAUGGAAGAAUUGAUAAAUUGUGUUGGAAGUUCCGCCAACUCUAGCAUCGGCUUACGCUUACUCUCUUUGACUCGAUUGCCUUCAUUGAAUUGCAUCGCACGGCAGCCGCUAACCUUCCCCUACUUGGAGCAGCUAUAUGUAAGCUCAUGUCCAGAACUUAGAAAGCUGCCGUUUGGGGCUGAGAUUUGUCAAAAUAAAUUAAAAGGUAUAUUUUGCCAAAAGGAUUGGUGGGAAAAUAUCCAAUGGGAGGAUGUCAAUGACAAGAAUUCACUCUUCCCCUAUAUCAAGUUUGGUUUCGACGUAAUUGUGUUGAAAUUGGGCGUGAAGUUACCUAAAGCUAAAUCUAGAAUUUUCAAGACUGUUAUUGAAGUUCCUGGAGUAAUACAAGUACGGCUGGACUCGAGUACGUGCCAUUUGACCGUGGUGGGUGACGGAGUCGACGGGGCGACACUAAUGAAUAGACUUCAAAGAAAUAUAGGUCAGGUGGAACUCAUCAGCGUUGGCACCACUGGCGGCUGAGGCAUUGUGAUUUCUUGUUCAUGUUUAAAUUUAAAAUAAAUUAAUUUGAUAGUAUUUAAUUUAUAUUUUAUAAUUUGUAUAUAAUAUAAUUCAAUAAUAUUAAUAGUAUAUUUUAAUUUAUAAUAAAAUUUAUUAGUACUAGCACAUAUAUGAUAUAAUUUUAAAUUUGAAGUUAUUUUAUGUAAAACAAAACCUUGAAAUAU